AUGUGCCCCAGGUCCGUUCCUCCAGCUGCUACUCCCGGGUCGAGUUGGCUUUCUGCCAACAAGCCUGGUCAGGCAAGCGAGAGGCGCAUGCCGAACUCGGCCGGUCUCGACCCCGAAAGGGAGGCUCAGGACUAUGGGCAAACACCUUCUUCUCAGUCCUCCGUGGGAAGGGACAAGAUACAACCUAAUGACCCAGAUUCCGACUACGGUGACGAAUGCGCGAUUGACAAUGAUGACAGCGCCGACGUGUUUAGCGUCAGCGAGGAGACUUUCUUUCAGCGUAUCGAACCCAAGGUUGGCCUGAACUCGCAUUGCUCUCUUCUUACCCUCUUGUUUAAGCAGAAGACAAACGACAGAGGGGUGGGCAAUGUUGUCCCUCAGUCCACCUCGGCACUCCCUUGGACUCUUCCCAGCCAGCCGGCCCCGCCUACCUUGGCUGGCUCUCCCGACGAUACCGACGGUACUCCGUUGAUGAUGAGCCGCGGUAAGACCUCGGUGCCGCUGAAGUCCAUCACUGAGGCGCCACCGUUCUCCGCUAGGCCUGUCAACGCGAGUAUCAAUAACGAUAAUGCGACUCUUCCCUCCCCCAAACCACUCGACGCAACAUGA